GAGCCUCUCCGUCGAGGCGGGCGGCGGCGGCCAAAACGAGCCCUCCAUCCCGGUUCCGACCACCCCGCUCCAACCCCAGCCGCGUCGAGCGAGCGAGGCAGGGAGUGGCCACCGGUGGCGAGGAGCGGCGGGCGAAUCUUGCGGCCAAACCGUCUCGCCAGUCGCCGGACAUGGAGAAGGAGGAGGUCCCGCGGGCCGCGCCCGGCAAGAGAGAGCCCGGUGGAAUCGCGGCGCAGCGAGCGCGGAUCAGCGACUCCGGCGAGACCGCGGACGAUUUCAUCAGCAGGCUCCCCGACGUAGUCCUCUGCACCAUCAUCUCCCUCCUCCCCACCAAGGACGGCGGCCGCACGCAGGCUCUCUCCCGCCGGUGGCGCCACCUGUGGCGCUCCGCGCCCCUCAACCUCGAGGUCCUCACCCGGCUUCCAGACGACCCCAUCCCCACCCACUCCGUCUCCCCCUCCGCCGUCUCUGACAUAAUCUCCCGGCACCACGGCCCCGCCCGCCGGUUCUACUUCCACUGCCUCCGGGACGACGAGGUCUACGCCCAGGCGGAAAGCUGGUUCCUCUCCCGGGCCCUCGCCAACCUCCAGGAGCUUGAUGCCAGCUACGGCAACCUCCCGCUGCUGCCGUCGGCGCUCCGCUCGGCGUCCACCCUCCUCGUUGCCAAGAUCAGCCACUGUGAUCUCCCAGGCGAGAUUGUUCCAAGCUUUCCCCUCCUCAAGCAGCUCACCCUAGUGUACGUUUCCAUCUCAGCGGACGGCUUCCACACACUGCUCUCUAGUUGCCAUGCCUUGGAGAGCUUAUGUAUGUCCCAAGUUCGUGCUGCCGGUUGCCUCCGUGUUAGCUCGCCAACUCUUAAGAGCAUUGGCUUCCGUGAUAACCACAGUGAGGAAACAGAGCUGGUCAUAGAGGAUGCUCCUCGCCUUGUGAGGUUACUAUUACCCUAUUGUUAUCUAGAUGAUUGUGUGACUAUCAGGGUAAUUUGGGCGCCUAAGCUGGAGAUAAUGGGCCCUUUUGCAGCCUUCGUCUCCAAGCUCCUACUCUUCCAGAGAAAAAGCCCAGUCAGCUCAGCAAACUCGAUGCACACUGUGAAAGUUUUGGCUCUCAAAUCUUCUGAAAAUAAAUUGCACGCAGUUCUUAACAUCCUCAGGUGGUUCCCCUGUUUGGAAAAGCUCUAUGUCACUUUUCAUAAACGCUAUGAGAUGGGUGCGAAAGAUGAGCCUCAGUAUGACCCACAGCAUCCAAUUGAAUGCCUACAGACCCAUCUCAAAAAUGUGGUGUUUAAGUUAUAUUCGGGCAAUGGGAAACAGGUUGACUUUGCCAGAUUCAUUGUUUUGAAUGCGGAAGUGCUAAACAAAAUUGUAUUUGAAGUACAUGGUGACUACAGCAGUGAAUCAGUGGCUUUUCAGCACGGGCUGCUACAUGUGAAAAACAGAGCUUCUCGAGAUGCUCAAUUUGAAUUCAGGAGUACACAUGUUCGUAAUAAGUACCUUGGUGACGAGCAUAUCCAUGAUUUGUCAGUGUCCGACCCCUUCAGACAGCCAUAGACAGGGUUGAUGCCUGAAGAUUACACUGUCUUGUGCUCAUUUUGUAGAUGGUGUUGAUGCCUGAAGAUUGUCAUUUGCAUAUGUUUGCUCUAUAUCAUUUGCAAAAGUACCGUAUGAAGUCGCGCCUGUUAACACUGAGGAAAAAUCAAAUGGGGAGGGAUGCGAAAAAAUAACGCUGUAAGUUGUAUCUGGAGGCAGCUGGUAAGUGGUAAGCCCAUCUGCCAAAAACUCCCCCGGUCUUAUCCUGUGCAAUCAUGGCUUUGUUCUGCCUAUGCUGGGCUAGAAACACAUGCUUGUGUUGAUACUCAAUUGUCUUUUCAGUUGCCUGCAGAAGCACUGAGAUGUUUGAUGCUUAGGAAAGGUCACCUCUGGCCUAGACCUCUAUGAUUUUCUAGCUAGGAAGGAGAUGCUUCUGUAGUUUUCAAGGUGUUCUAUCAGAUAGAAAUUUUGCUAAUGAUCAAGAUGCUUCGGUUGCCUACUGGUUGAUCCGUUAUUCAGGUUGAGUUUACUGAAAUGAAAUUGGUCGCAUCCUUGUAAGAUUUGCAAGUAAUUUGCCUAACAGCAUUGAAUUGGGGCUAAAGGCCUGACAGGAGAGUUGGCUUUGCCUGGGACUCUGAUGUAGUACUAUACUGCUUCUUAACCUGUUAUCAACAUUAAUACAGUACUAGAUAAUUAUUCA